AUGCCACAACUUGCUGACGGUCCGUCGCCUACUUCUCCAACUUUCGAUGGGAAAGUAACCAGACUUAUAGUUGUUUCUAACCGUUUGCCAGUCACAAUCACAAAAACUGAUAAAGGCUGUACCUUUAAGUUGUCUUCUGGCGGUCUGGUGAGCGCGCUCAGCGGAGUGAAAAAAAGGAUGACAUUUACUUGGAUUGGAUGGCCUGGUAUUAACAUACCAGAAGAAGAAAGAAGUGAAGUCACUAAGCAAUUAGAGGAAUUAGAGGAAUAUUCAUGUGUUCCUGUUUUUGUUGAUGAUGAUUUGGCCGAUCGGCAUUAUAAUGGUUUUUCCAACUCUAUAUUAUGGCCAUUGUUUCACUAUCAUCCCGGCGAAAUUACUUUUUCCCAACAAGAUUGGGAAGCGUAUGAAAUUGUUAAUGGUCUUUUCGCAGAUGCCAUUAAUAACAUUGUUCGGGAUGGUGACUUGAUAUGGGUUCAAGAUUAUCAUUUGAUGUUACUACCAGCUAUGUUGAGAGAAAGAAUGGGUGAAAACAAGUUAAAUGUAAAAAUCGGAUUUUUUUUACAUACUCCAUUUCCAACCAGCGAGAUUUAUCGAAUUCUUCCUGCUCGCAGAGAA